AGAGGGCCUCUCUCUCUCACUCAAAAUUUCUCUCAAACCCUAUAUCUAUCCCAAGGAGAAUACCAAAAGUCCAUACGGUAUCCCGUCCGAUGCUAUCUCAAACCCUAAUAUCCAUCCAAACAGAAAUUCCUCCCCAAAAUCCCCAAUCGGAUCAUCUCUCGCCCCAAGUGUUUUAUGGUUUCAGCUCGCAUUCCUCGUUCUCCACCGAGACCAACAUCUUCGCAUCUGACGUGCAAGGGAGGCUAAUCGGUUGGUCAGCACCCCUGCCAAGAAAGCUGCUCUUGACCUUCCUCUUUGAAUGAACUACAUUCUGUUCGUGAAAUAGAAGAGAAAGGAAAGAAGAGACAUACCUCUGAAAUUUGUGUUUAUCUCUGCAUUUUUCUGUUUGGUUUGUUGCGGAUUUCAGUUGUUCUAGAUCCGACAUAGCUUCAAUGGCGGAACACCGAAAUGGCAAUGCAAAACCUUCCGACAAAAAUGCUGCUGGGGCACCCAGUGCUUACAUGAUCAAUCUUGAUAAUUUCCAGAAACGGCUGAAAGUAUUCUAUUCUCACUGGAAGGAACACAAAUCUGAGUUCUGGGGUGCUUCUGAUGUGCUGGCAAUUGCAAGUCCCCCAGCUUCUGAUGAUCUACGUUAUCUAAAAUCUUCAGCAUUGAAUAUCUGGUUGCUCGGAUACGAGUUCCCAGAAACAAUCAUGGUCUUCAUGGAGAAACAGAUUCAUUUCUUGUGUACUCAGAAGAAGGCUUCUUUGUUAGGAACCCUGAAGAAAUCUGCCAAGGAGGCUGUCAACCUUGAGAUUGUGAUACACGUCAAGGCAAAGAGUGAUGAUGGGAGUGCUUUAAUGGGUGAGAUAUUCCAGGAUAUCCAGUCUCAGUCCGAUAGUCCAAUUGUUGGAUACAUUGCAAGAGAGGCCCCUGAGGGGAGGCUUUUAGAGACCUGGGCUGAGAAGUUGAAGUCCUCCACAUUCCAGCUAAGUGAUAUAACAAAUGGAUUUUCGGAACUAUUCUCUGUCAAGGAUGGCACUGAGCUUACAAACGUGAAGAAGGCUGCGUACUUAACUUCGUCUGUGAUGAAACACUUGGUUGUCCCAAAGCUCGAGAAGAUCAUUGAUGAGGAGAAGAAGGUUUCUCAUUCAUCACUGAUGGAUGACACAGAGAAGGCCAUACUUGAUCCGGCAAAAGUCAAAGUCAAACUAAAAGCGGAGAAUGUUGACAUCUGUUACCCUCCAAUUUUUCAGAGUGGGGGUGAGUUUGAUCUCAAGCCGAGUGCAUCAAGCAAUGAUGAGGAUCUCUACUAUGACUCGACAAGUGUGAUCAUAUGCGCAAUUGGAUCACGCUACAACAGCUACUGCUCUAACAUUGCCAGAACAUUUCUCAUUGAUGCAAAUGCAACACAGAGCAAGGCUUAUGAGGUUCUCCUCAAGGCCCAUGAGGCAGCGAUAGGUGCAUUGAAGGCUGGCAAUAAGGUCAGUGCUGUUUACCAAGCAGCAGUCUUGGUGGUAGAGAGGGAUGCUCCUGAAUUUGCCUCUCAUCUUACAAAGUCAGCAGGAACGGGAAUCGGUCUCGAGUUCCGUGAGUCGGGAUUGAAUUUAAAUGCCAGGAAUGAUCGGGUGUUGAAGCCUGGAAUGGUUUUUAAUGUAUCUCUUGGGUUCCAGAACUUGCAAUCAGAAACCAACAAUCCAAAGACCAAGAUGUUCUCGCUGUUGCUUGCAGACACUGUUAUUGUCAAUGAAAAAGCUGCAGAAGUUGUGACUUCAAUCAGCUCCAAGUUAGUUAAGGAUGUUGCAUACUCAUUCAAUGAGGAAGAGGAGGAAGAAGAGCGUCCAAAGGUCAAAGCUGAAUCCAAUGGCACUGAGGCAUUAUUGUCAAAAGCGACUCUAAGGUCAGAUAAUCAGGAGAUGUCAAAGGAGGAGCUGCGGAGGCAACAUCAGGCUGAGCUGGCCCGGCAGAAGAAUGAAGAAACUGCGAGGAGGUUGGCUGGGGGCGGUUCUGCAGCUGGAGAUGGCCGUGGUUCUGCAAAAGCUUCAAGUGAUCUCAUUGCCUACAAGAAUGUCAAUGAUAUCCCACAGUCGAGGGAAUUAAUGAUACAGAUUGACCAAAAGAAUGAGGCUGUCCUUUUGCCUAUCCACGGCAGCAUGGUGCCGUUUCACAUUGCUACCAUCAAGAGUGUUUCGAGCCAGCAGGAUGGAAAAACUUGCUAUAUCCGUAUAUUCUUCAAUGUACCUGGAACCCCAUUCAAUCCCCCCGAUGCCAAUUCUCUGAAAUUCCAAGGAUCCAUUUAUCUGAAGGAGGUGUCGUUCCGAUCCAAGGAUUCGAGGCACAUCAGCGAAGUGGUGCAGCUGAUCAAGACCCUCCGUCGGCAGGUUGCUUCAAGAGAGUCGGAGAGAGCUGAGCGGGCCACCUUGGUCACUCAGGAGAAACUGCAGCUUGCAGGCUCUAAGUUCAAGCCGAUAAGACUGACUGACUUGUGGAUCCGUCCAGUAUUCGGCGGCCGGGGAAGGAAGCUGCCGGGUACCUUAGAAGGCCACGCCAAUGGUUUCCGUUAUUCUACCUCAAGGCCCAAUGAGCGUGUAGACAUCAUGUAUGGGAACAUCAAGCAUGCCUUCUUUCAGCCCGCAGAAAAGGAGAUGAUUACUCUCCUGCAUUUCCACUUGCAUAAUCAUAUCAUGGUAGGCAACAAGAAGACCAAAGAUGUCCAGUUCUAUGUUGAGGUGAUGGAUGUUGUGCAGACAUUGGGAGGCGGGAAGAGAUCAGCGAACGACCCAGAUGAGAUUGAGGAAGAGCAGAGAGAGAGGGAUAGGAAGAACAAGAUAAACUUGGGUUUCAACAAUUUCGUCAAUCGGGUCAAUGACCUUUGGGGCCAGCCUCAGUUUAAAGGACUUGAUCUUGAGUUCGACCAGCCACUGAGGGAGCUUGGUUUCCACGGAGUUCCUCACAAGGCUUCUGCCUUCAUCGUUCCAACAUCGAGCUGCUUGGUUGAACUGAUUGAAACGCCGUUCUUGGUGAUCACUUUGAGCGAGAUUGAGAUUGUUAAUCUAGAGAGGGUGGGGCUUGGGCAGAAGAACUUCGACAUGACGAUCGUGUUCAAAGACUUCAAGCGGGAUGUCCUCCGCAUCGACUCAAUCCCAUCUUCAUCCCUUGAUGGCAUCAAGGAGUGGCUUGACACCACAGACCUCAAGUACUAUGAAAGCAGGCUGAACCUGAAUUGGCGGCCCAUCCUGAAGACAAUAACUGAUGAUCCUGAGAAGUUCAUCGAGGACGGUGGGUGGGAGUUCUUGAACAUGGAAGCGAGCGACUCAGAUUCCGAGAACUCAGAAGAAUCUGAUCAAGGGUAUGAGCCCUCCGAUGUGCAGUCUGAAUCUGUCUCAGAGGAGGAAGACGAUGAAAGCGAGUCGUUGGUGGAGUCUGAUGAGGACGAAGAUGAGGACAGCGAGGACGAUUCAGAGGAAGAGAAGGGGAAGACUUGGGAGGAGCUGGAGAGGGAGGCGAGCAAUGCCGACAGGGAGAAAGGUGACGAAUCAGAAAGUGAAGAAGACAGGAAGAGGAGGAAGAUCAAAGCUUUUGGCAAGUCCCGUGUACCUGAUAGGAGGGAUGUAAGAAGUGUCCCGUCCAAAAGGCCCAAGCUUAGGUAAAUAGGUGCUUUCUGGGUUUACUUGUAUUGCUGCGGUGCCACGCAUCCUCCUUAGUUUUGGAGCUCUUUACCGGAAAAGCUCUCCUUAUAAUAGAACAAUAUUCUAGUUUAAAAAUUUUUUUUUUUUUUUUUUUUUUUUUUUUUUUUUUUUUUGUUUUCUGGGUUUUUUAGGGGCAUCAAAGUAAGGCAUGUGGGUGUUGUUGUUUUAGUUUCUGCACUCUAGCUUGUGAAUUGACACUGGUUCUGUUAGAAUGAGAGAAUGGUCUCUCUCUCUCUC